CGGGGCAUUCUGGGUAUUGUAGUCCCGCCCAGGGGCAGUGUGGGGAGCGACCCGCACGCCCCUUGGGCGUAGCUUGGCGCUGGUGACUGUCCCCCGGGCUGUGAUGGGCGAGGAAGAAGAUGGAAGUAAGAAACUGACUAUUAACUCUGCCUGUGCAACUUGACUCUUCUCUCGGAAGAGCACUCAGCGACCAGGAGUAUGGCUCCAGAGCGCCUGGCAACCAGGGAUAAGACAAUAAUCGCCUUUGGAGAUGUAGCUGUGGCCUUCACCGAGAGAGAGUGGAAGCUGUUAAGUCCUGCCCAGAGGACCCUGUAUCGGGAUGUAAUGCUGGAGACCUACAGCCAUUUGGUGUCGCUAGGAAUUGCCUUUUCCAAACCAAAAUUCAUCACACAACUGGAGCAAGGGGACGAGCUCUGGCGAGAGGAAAGCGAAUGCCUUCUGGAACUCUGUCCAGCAGAACCAAGGACAGAAUUCCAGCCCAGUCUCUCCUGCCCAGCGGCCUUUUCUAGUCCGCAGUUCCUCAGACAAUAUGUGCUGUGUGGCCACCCCCCUGAGAUUUCCCCAAACUCUUCUGUAGGAAGUCACUUCCCGCUGGAGGCUCCAAGAUGCUUGAGAGCAAAAGCAGAAGAUGGAAAGAGCGAAGGCACCAUGGUCAGGAGGCUGCUGCUAAGUGGGACUUCAAGCAUAUUCUUUGGCCCAUUUCAAGGUCAGCCAGUACACAAGGUGGAAGGAACAGACCAGAAGAUGAAUCCUGAGGGGGCUGACAUGUUGACAGGGGCAGACUGCUCAGAAUCUGGAGCAGUCACGUGUGAAAAAUAUACACGAGGACGCAGCACAAACUCAAGCCUGGCUCGCCUCCAGAAGCAUCAUGUAUGCCCUGAAUGUGGCAGAGGUUUCUGCCAGAGGUCAGACCUCCUCAAACACCAGAGGAUGCACACAGGGGAGAAGCCUUACAGUUGUGGGGAGUGUGGACGAAGCUUUGGCCGGAAGUCCUCCCUCACCAUACACCAGAGGAAACACUCAGGGGAGAAACCGUACACGUGCAGGGAAUGUGGGCGACACUUCAGGUAUACGUCCUCGCUCACUAACCACAAGAGGAUACACUCCGGAGAGAGACCCUUUGUCUGUCAGGAGUGUGGGCGAGGCUUUCGUCAGAAGAUUGCCCUCGUCCUACACCAGAGGACACACUUGGAGGAGAAGCCCUUCGUAUGUCCUGAGUGUGGGAGAGGCUUUUGCCAGAAGGCAUCGCUCCUCCAACACCAGAGCUCACAUUCUGGUGAGAGGCCCUUCUUGUGCCCAGAGUGUGGGCGUGGUUUCAGGCAGCAGUCCCUGCUCCUCAUUCACCAGGUCACACACUCAGGGGAGAAGCCUUAUGUCUGUGCUGACUGUGGGCACGGCUUUCGCCAGAAUGCCACCCUCAUCAGACACCAGAGGACACACACAGGGGAAAAGCCUUACCUGUGCUCCGAGUGCGGGCGCGGCUUUCGGCAGAAGGUUGCCCUCAUAGGACACCAGAGGACUCACACCGGAGAGAAGCCUUAUGUGUGCCCUGACUGUGGGCGGGGCUUUGGACAGAAGGUCACUCUCAUCAGACACCAGAGGACACACACAGGGGAAAAGCCUUACAUGUGCUCCAAGUGUGGCCGCACAUUUGGCUUCAGGUCACUUCUCACUAGACACCAGAGGACACACUUAGGGGAGGAUUCUGAUGGGUAUGGAGUGUGUGAGCAAAGACUUAGCCAGAAAUCUGACCUCAUCUCUGACCAAAGGACACACUCAGGAGAGAAGCCAUGUGUGUGUGGGCAGUGUGGGCGGGGCUUUGGCUUCAAGUCAGCCCUCAUCAGACACCAGCGGACCCACUCAGGAGAGAAGCCAUAUGUGUGCAGGGAGUGUGGGCGGGGCUUCAGCCAGAAGUCUCACCUCCACAGACAUAAGAGAACCAAGUCUGGCCAUCACUCCCUUCCACAAGAGCUGUUUUCCUGACCUUUCUUUCCCUUUUGCCCUCAGUGUGCAGGCGGUAGAAGUCACUAGGAAAUGUUUCCCUUUUCUCCAUUGCAGUGGAGAAAAAGUACUGCAUUCUUUCAGUGAUAAGAGAGUUGGUUUAUGUUUCCCUUCCUGCACUAGGAAGGUGUGCUAAUUUGCCAGGGUUGCCAUAAUAAUAAUAAUACUACAGACUUGGUGCCUUGAAGAACAGAAACUUAUUUUCUGUUCUUCAGUAUUUGAGAUUAGAAGUCCAAGAUCAACAUGUAAGCAGUUUGGUUCUACUGAAGCCUCUCUCUGCUUGCAAAUGUGACUGCAUUCUUUUGUGUUCUCGUGUGGCCUUUUUUCCAUGUGUGUGCUUUCCUGGGGUCUCUCUCUCUAAUAGGGAUCCAGCCAUAUUGGGUUAAGGACCUCUUAACAUUUACCUUUUAAAGACCAUGUCAUCAAAAAAGUCACAUAGUAGACUAUCACUUCAACAUAUGAAUUUGGCAGAAUAAUUCAGACCUCUAGUCUCGCCACCCCCCCCCCCAUUCACAUUUUUCCCACAUACAAAAUUCAUUCACCCAUUUUAAGAACUUGAAAAGUCUUAAUGCUUUCCAACAUCAAUGGUAUGUUCAGAAUCUCACCUAAAUUCACACGUGGGUGAGACUAGAGAUGGGUUUCAUCCUUGGGCAGAAUUCCUCUUUAGCUGUGAACAUGUAAACCAGACAAAUUAUCUGGUCCCAAAAUACACUGGUGGGACAAGCUUAGAAUUUACAUUCCCAUUCCAAAAGUGGAGAGAAGAAAGGAUUGAUGGUCCCAAGCAAGUCUAAAACCUAGUAAGUUAGGUUCUAUUAUGUUUAAGGCUCAAGGACUAUCUUUGGUUGGGUCCUCGGCUCUCUGGUCCCACUUGGGUGGCAUUGGCGGUGCCAGGCCUACUGAAACCAUAGAAGAGACAUACUGGCCCCCAGACUUUUACUCUCUGGGCCCACUGUGGGAGUAGCAGACCUGCUCAUCUCUGUUUCACCUUCGGGGUCAUUCUCCUUCUUGAUGGGUAACACAUGUUUGCAGUUGGGUAGAUCUGUUCUCCUACCUAUAGAAUGCCUUCAGUUUGUCCCAUGUGUAUCACGGUUAAUCCAAUCUGCCAGAGUUUCUGCUGAGAUAGUUGACUGGUUCCAAACUUAUAUCUUUAUGAAACAGUUGUCCAGCCACACUGGUGCUCUUUCCAGGACGUCUUAUUUUCUGUAAUAUGGAUAGGCUGAGAGUUUCCCAAAUCUUCAAGUUCUGGUUCCUUGUUGUUUAACAGUUCCUUCAGUUUAUCCAUCUACUCUUAUAAUAAGCAGCAAGAAGAAACCAGACUGUACUUUCAACACCUUGUUCGGUAAUCUCUGCUAAACUUAUACCCUCUGGAUGCCCAAAAUUUAUGAGGCCAGAUACAAACUCCUACCAUCAAAACAUGUUCUGACCUUUCUUCCAUUACCAGGAGUUGUGAAGAUGGCAGAAACCAUUAGGAAACAUUCUGCUCUGCGGAAAUGGAAUGGAGGAAAAACAAUGUUGCCUUUUUCCAGUGUUCAUGAGAAAGUUUGCUUAUGGUUUACUUUUCUAAGCAGC